AUGCUCCUCACCUUAGUUCGACGGAGCUUUGUCGCAGCGAUCUCGUGCAUAUCAUCAUGUGUGGCACAUGGCUCCCGUCACUUUCGACGUACGGCGUCCGUGGCCUCCUCGCCGCUCGAGUCUAUUCCAGGAUGUGCUUUGAGCUGCGUCAAAAUCUUCAUAGAAUCGGAUUACCCAACGAACGCGUGCGCCAGCCUAGUCCUAGACUGCCUUUGCAGGACGAACACGAGGAGUGGUUAUACCCUAGGCGAGGCAGCUUUGCGCUGCAACCUGUCCUUCUGUCCCAUGGCUGUGACCGAGAGCUCCGAUGUCUAUAACAUCUGUGACUCGGUAGCUGGCGCCGUUCUAAAGACACAUGCUACCAUAACCGCCACAGUCAUGUCCACUAUCUACCCGACAACAGAGGUAACCGCAACAACAUCACCAUCAACAUUGUUGACGACAUCAACCACAACAAUGACCACAACAGAUACCAAGGCUACUACAUCGAGCUCUACAUCAUCCACGCUUGCCAGCUUUGAAACCCCUUUGACAGUAACGCACAUCGAACAAACAUCCCCAAGGACUACUAGCGAUCAACCAGCAUCGUCCAGCUCGACUGCUACAAGUAGCGGCAGCGGCCUCAAUGCCGGUGCAGUAAUUGGUGUUUCGGUCACGUCUGGAGUUGCUGGAUUCUUCAUUCUCGGGGUUAUAAUAUUCUUCUGCUGCAGGAGGAUACGGCGUCAGCAUGAGAAAAUCAAAGAUCGAGAUUUCUUCGAGAUUGGAGGUGUCAUGUCGGAACCUCCAGACUUUGGCUUGCCGCUUCCUCGACGUCCAAUUCUAGGGCCACCCAAUCCUUUUUUUAGUGCGGGAAGCCAGCAAUCCAACUCCGAGACAGCGAGGUUAAUGUCGCCAUUCAAGCCGGCAACCCGGAAUCCAGCAGUCGUGGUUACGGGCCCUGAUGAUUAUCAUUUUGCAUAUGAUGGUCCAGACAGGAUCGGUUUUGCGGUGUCAACGAAUUCCGAAUUUGGCGCUUCCCCAAGUCAGACCUCAGAGCGCACGGUUUCCGAUUUAUUACCGGAUAAGCCCAACAUGAACCUAUAUCCAAAGCCACUAAGAUGGAGCAGCCACAAGCCCUCGAGACACAUGAGCAGUGACACAUUGUUCGAAGAGGAUGCAGUGAGACCUCGAAGCCUUCUUGGGUCUUCGAGCCAAAACAAGGGUUCCAUGGGUGGAACAAGCGGACACAAUGGCAGCCAGCAGUAUAGGCCAACAAUGGGAUUACCAUCUAACCCACGCGCAAUGUUAUAUGGAAUGGGAAACGCGCCGUUAUCCAAAAAGAACGUUGGGUAUGGAGCGAAGCCGGUCUUCGCCAAUACUGGAGAAAGGAUUGCGCACUACCAACAAGCAGAAAUCUGCAAUGAUCCACGCUGGUAUGCGGAGGCCCAAAUGCCGGAUCAGCAAGAUUACAUAGACAGUCAAUGGUUAAAUCCACGCACAGGAUACGGUCAGAGUGAUGGGCGGCAAUCAACUCGUGGAGCUGCACGUCGGUCAGUCGAGCUUGUAACGCACGAUGAUCUCGUAAAAGCCCCAACAGACGGCUUCGAGACCAUCAGCCUCAAUGACCGCUCGGAGCUCCGUCGAAAGUCUCGACAUUCUGGCGACUUCAAGCCACUCACUCCAGUAAGGGAGGUGGUCACACCGUCAGUUAACGCUGGCAAGAACGAUGGUGGCGGCUACUUUGGGAACGGUGCUACUGUGCCGAAUCCCAGAAUGCCCUUCUCCGCAGCUCCUCCUGUGCAGGAGAUCAUCUCCCGACCUCGGAUUGUACGAGGUGAUGACAUUAAACGAGUGCAGAUUCGCAAGGGCAAGCCGCAACCCCACGCCCUGAGAAUCCCAUAUUCUCCCGAGGACGGCUGGCUAGAGACCCGCGGUUCUGAAACUCAGUACUCUGACCACGAGCCCAAGAAACUCCCUGUUGACCCCAGCUUUCCAGUGGAGAGUAUGGCACCUGCUACGCCGCGGAGGAAACCAGUGUCCUGGGGCCGCAACCUGACACCGGCACGGCGAGGCUCUGACCUAAUUUUGCGCGUGGACUAG